UGGGCGGGGCGCGCUCGGGCCUCCGCUCCUCACGCGCUGGGUUCGCACCCCCAGAUCCCGCGCCGCCGGGACUCCUGGCGGUGAGUGCCGUCCGCGAGACGAGACCGCCGCCACAGGAGGAGCUGCGGGCGCUGAGACUCCAGAGCCAUCUUUCGUCCUAUUUUUCCAGAAGAGAAGGUGAAAUCCCAGUGAGGGAAGUGACUUGACCAGCUUACUGAGCUGGUCAGUGCAGAAGCAGAAGCUGGGACGAGGAGCUCCUGACUGCCCACCUGGUGCUUUUCCCCUCAGCCACAUAUCCUGUUUCUCCACUAGAGUGAAAAUAAAACUUUCUCCAUCAUUCUCAGAAAAAUGGAUCAUUUACAUCUUUGGAGGACUCGAUUAUCACAAUACUUCUAUACUACCAACUAAGAUUUAUGACAGCAAAUUUUUGCAUCAUAGAACUGCUGAAGAACAAAAAGAGGAUAUUCUUUUAUAAAAAUAAUCCUAUAGUAUCAUGAUAUUACUAAAUAAAACUAAAAAAGCACAAUUAUUAAAUUAUUAGACUUGCUAAUACAAGCACACAUGUGCAACAGCUACUGUAUCCUGACAGUUAACAAACCUCAAAUUUGGUUGGUUUCCAUUUGUGGGAAAGGUCAUUAUAUUCGCAAGAAACCACUGAAUGUUGCCAUCAAAUAUAUUUGCAGCUGAGUGUCAUUUAGGAGAAUUUACUUGAAACAAGUUGUAGAAAAUUUCAAGUCCCACCACUAAGUGGAUUUGAUAUUAUGGCAGCAACUUACAGACUUGUGGUUAGUACUGUGAACCACUACAGCAGCGUGGUGAUAGAUCGGCGUUUUGAGCAAGCUAUACAUUAUUGCACUGGAACCUGCCACACCUUCACGCAUGGAGUUGACUGCAUUGUGGUACAUCAUAGUGUUUGUGCAGACCUCUUGCAUAUCCCUUUGUCUCAGUUCAAAGAUGUAGAUCUGGACUCUAUGUUUCUACCCCGUGAAAAUGGCUUUUCCCCAGCUGAAGGUGACUAUCCUCAUCAGGCCCUCACAGGCAUACCCAGGGUCAAGAAAGGAUCUGCAUUUCAGAACACUUGUAAUUUAAAGGACAUUGCAGGAGAAGCAAUCAGUUUUGCCAGUGGGAAAAUAAAAGAAUUUUCCCUCGAAAAACUGAAAAACUCUAAUCAUGCAGCUUAUAAAAAGGGAAGGAAAGUUAAGUCUGACUCAUUUAAUAGAAGAUCAGUUGAUUUUGACUUGCUUUGUGGCCAUUAUAACAGUGAUGGGAACUCCCCAUCCUUUGGUUUACUCCGGAGUUCCUCAGUUGAGGAAAAAUCUUUGUCCCGUAGAAACUCACUUGAUACGAACCUGACUUCAAUGAUGCUUCACAACUUCUCUGAAGAAGACCUAGUUACUCAGAUUUUGGAAAAACAUAAAAUAGAUAACUUUUCUUCUGGAACAGACAUAAAGAUGUGCUUGGACAUCUUGCUAAAAUGCUCUGAGGAUUUGAAAAAAUGCACAGACAUCAUAAAACAAUGCAUAAAGAAAAAGUCAGGGAGUGGCAUCAAUGAAGGAAAUGGUAACAGUGCAGUUUCCAGCUCUGAAACUGUCUAUAUGAAUGUAAUGACCAGGUUAGCAUCCUAUCUGAAAAAGCUACCGUUUGAACUCAUGCAAUCUGGGAAUAAUGAGACUAUAGAUUUAACAGAACUGGUCAGUAGUAUGCCUAGUUUACAGCUGACUCCCUUCUCCCCAAUAUUUGGCACUGAACAGCCCCCUAAAUAUGAAGAUGUUGUCCAGCUCUCAGCCCCUGACUCUGCACAGUUUCAAACUAUAGACUUACAAGAUGACAAGUGCAGUUCUAGGAAAACAGACACUGUGAAAUCCAUUCCAAACAAGUCUACAGAUUCCUUAUAUAACUUAGAGAUAAAUGAUCCCAGAACUUUAAAAGAUGUCCAGCUUCAGUCACAGUCAUUAACUGUGAACGCUUUAGAAAAUGUUCCUUCUGGUGACUUAAUGGAAACCCUUUAUAUUGAAGAAGAGUCAGAUGGAAAGAAAGCAUUAGAUAAAGGACAAAGGACAGACAAUGGACCCAGUCAAGAGUUGUUAAAGGUAAAAGAAGACAGAGCAGAAUUUUCAGACCAUGGCAGUCAUCUUAAAAAAUGUCCUGCCUCAAUGCAAAAUGAAAUUAGUAAGAUAUUUGAGAUACCAGUUGUUAAUCUACCUGAGGAAGAUCUUAAAUCAAAAGUUCCUAAAGUUGAUGAGGGAGACCACAGAGAUUUUAUGAAUCCUAACAGUCAGGAAGAGAUAGAUAAAUUGUUAAUGGAUUUGGAAUCUUUUUCACAGAAAAUGGAGACCUCACUAAGGGAGCCACUUGCCAAAGGUAAAAGCUCUAACUCUCUGAAUAGUCAUAGUCAGUUGACUGCUCAGCUCCCUGUAGAUCUUGAGCCUAAAGUUUCUGCACCCAUGGAAAAAGUCUCACCUUCCUGUCUAACAAGGAUUAUUGAAACCAAUGGACACAAAAUAGAGGAAGAGGAUCGAGCCCUCUUACUGCGAAUCCUAGAAAGCAUUGAAGACUUUGCUCAAGAACUAGUUGAAUGCAAAACAGGCAGAGGGAGCCUAUCACAAGAAAAGGAAAUGAUGCAAAUUCUGCAGGAAACCUUGACAACUUCCUCCCAAGCCAAUUUAUCAGUCUGUAGAAGUUCUGUUGGUGAUAAAGCCAAAGAUACUGCUUCAGUGGUUUUGAUUCAGCAGACCCCAGAGGUGAUCAAGAUUCAAAAUAAAACAGAAAAGAAACCUGGAACACCACUUCCACCUCCAGCCACCCUUCCAAGUAGUCCCCGACCUCUCUCCCCUGUUCCCCAUGUGAAUAAUGUUGUGAAUGCACCAUUGUCCAUAAACAUUCCACGGUUCUACUUUCCUGAAGGACUCCCAGAUGCCUGCAGUAACCAUGAACAGACUCUAAGCAGAAUUGAAACUGCUUUCAUGGAUAUUGAAGAUCAGAAAGCAGACAUUUAUGAAAUGGGAAAGAUUGCAAAGGUCUGUGGCUGUCCUCUCUAUUGGAAAGCCCCCAUGUUCAGGGCUGCAGGGGGAGAGAGGACAGGAUUUGUGUCAGCACAGUCAUUCAUUGCCAUGUGGAGAAAGUUGCUGAAUAACCAUCAUGAUGAUGCCUCUAAGUUUAUCUGCCUUCUAGCAAAGCCCAGCUGCAGCUGUCUAGAACAGGAGGAUUUUAUCCCUCUACUUCAGGAUGUGGUGGAUACACAUCCUGGCCUCACGUUCCUGAAAGAUGCUCCAGAAUUCCACUCUCGCUACAUUACCACGGUUAUUCAGAGAAUAUUCUACACAGUCAACAGAUCUUGGAGUGGAAAAAUUACUUCGACAGAGAUAAGAAAAAGCAACUUUUUGCAAACUCUAGCCCUUUUGGAAGAAGAGGAAGAUAUAAACCAAAUCACAGAUUACUUCUCCUAUGAACAUUUCUAUGUUAUUUAUUGUAAAUUCUGGGAACUAGAUAGUGAUCAUGACCUCUACAUCAGCCAGGCUGAUCUCUCUCGAUACAAUGACCAGGCUUCAUCGAACAGGAUUAUUGAGAGGAUAUUCUCUGGGGCAGUAACAAGGGGAAAAACGGUACAGAAAGAGGGAAGAAUGAGCUAUGCAGAUUUUGUUUGGUUUUUGAUCUCUGAGGAAGACAAAAGGAACCCCACAAGCAUUGAGUAUUGGUUCCGCUGCAUGGAUGUGGAUGGGGAUGGUGUACUCUCCAUGUAUGAGCUGGAGUACUUCUACGAGGAGCAGUGUGAGCGGAUGGAAGCCAUGGGCAUUGAGCCCUUGCCAUUCCAUGAUUUGCUGUGCCAGAUGCUCGACCUGGUGAAACCUGCCAGUGAUGGCAAAAUAACUCUACGAGAUCUGAAGAGAUGCAGAAUGGCUCACAUCUUUUAUGACACUUUCUUUAAUCUGGAGAAAUACUUAGACCAUGAACAGAGAGAUCCCUUUGCGGUCCAGAAGGACGUUGAGAAUGAUGGGCCUGAGCCCUCCGACUGGGACAGGUUUGCUGCUGAGGAGUAUGAGACUCUUGUAGCAGAGGAGUCUGCCCAAGCACAGUUCCAGGAAGGCUCCUUUGAAGAUUAUGAAACAGAGGAACCUGCCUCUCCCUCUGAAAUUGGAAACAAAGGCAACAAAAUAGUAACCUCAAGCCUUUCAGAGAAAUGUGGAAAGCUUCAGUCUGUGGAUGAAGAGUAACUGCCAAUUGUCUACGUGAAAGCGAAAUAUAUAUUUUAAAUGUUUUCUUGUGAAGAGAUGCUCUAGUUUGCAUACUGCUUUUAAAAGGCUUUGAUUUCUGCAAGUGUAUCUGUACUAGGAACUUUAAAACAUUUUUAAACAAUAGGUCUGGAUACACAUACUCAAUUUGGGAGACUCCUCCAAUUUGCCUCAGACCUCUUAGUUUUUUUCCUCGGAAGCAGAUAUGAUGAUAUGUAUCACCUUCCAAAGUCUGUGAAUCAGCACUCUUCACCCCUGAAUUACCAAGGAUCUCUGGGGACAGUGCCAAGCAGUUUCUGCACAAAAGCAGGAGUUGCCUCUGUUGUCCAGCAUCCCUGAGGCCCCUGAGGGCUCCUAUGGAAUCCAGGAGAAUCCUUCGCUUGCAGAAAAAUUCUGGAACUUGAAAAAGCAGUAAGGGCCUCCAGAACUGAAUUAGCCCUGGUAAUAAAAGCACUGCCAAAACAUCUCAGAGACUUCUUUUAAUUAUGUGUGUACUGGAGUUCAAAAAUCUUGAACUUACUUGGUUUAAUGUAAUUUCACAAUGACCUGCCAAACUGCUAGUCACUUUACAUGCUCAGGUAUUGUAACCACGGGGCCUUCCAACCUUGCUGGCAAGCUCUGAGUAAUCCUUCCCUAUCCUGACUGUGGAUCAUAUGUAUAAUUCGAAGAAAAAACUUCUUAAAUGAAAACAACUACAGAAUUUGACCCAUACUUGAAAAAAAAAAAGUUUCCUUUUAAUUUGCCUAACAUUUGUAGAGAAUUAUGGCAUGAUUUGUUAAGCUCUGAAUCAGUUGAUGCCCCAUCUACAGUUCCUAUCAGAAGGCCUACUUGAAGAAUUAAAUAAUGAUAGAUGAAAAUUCUUAGUAGACAUAUUCCUUUCAUCACAUAAUAUUAUAUCAGGCCAAUAGUAAAGGCCUCAGUCUAAACAUUAUGCCGUACUUUCAUGCUGAACAGAAACUAUUCCCAAUAUUCCAUCCACCUCAAUAUUUAUCACAAAAAUGGAGGAAAACAGUGAUGCCACCCAUGAGAGCGAGCUAUUUCAUGUUUACUACAGUGGUAGAUGCGUUCAUUACAGAAUUCUACAUUUUUCAGCAAGCCACAAUGCAGCCAAAUCCUGUAAUAUCCUUGAAGAUGAAAUUGACAAUAAACUAUUAAAAAGGAUGGAAAUUUCUGGUAGUGUAAGUAAAAGAAAUCCUCAGAUAACUUUUUAAUAUCCGUGUCUGUCAAAGUCAUCAACUUUUCCCUGGAUUUUUUAACCACAAGUCCUGAAUGUCAGAAUAGCUUCCCUUCCCACCCUGCCUUGGUUGCCUUGCUGGUAUGAAGGCCAAACAUUGAAAUAAUCAAACCUUGGGCUAUGGUAGGCAAAAAGUGGAGAAAAGGAGGAUACAGGAAAUGCACCAUCCACUGGUACAGUAAUAGAGUUAGCAAUCCUUACUGUCCAUAUCCUAUCAGUUUCCUGUUAUUUUACCUUCAGAACUGAUCUUCCAUUUAACUGUUACAGAAGGGGAUAACUAUUAAAACUCAGUAUCUAAUAGUUUACAAAGAAGAACUAAAAGCUUAAAAGUGACUAAAUUUUUAGGAAACACUGUAUGCAAUAACCUAAACACACUGGUAAAUCAUUAGGAUUAAAAGUAUUUAUGUGAUACAUGAAAUUUACCAUCUAGCCCAUCCAACCUUUACCAGGGAAGGAAAACAAUUUUUUUAAUUUCAGAUUAAAAUACUAAAAAGGUAAUACUUUUUUAGAUGCUAGAUAUGAUUUUAAAGCUUUUAUUAUCCAUAAUGAUCUCAACUAUUUCUAAGACUCAGCAAAAAGUAAAAAUAAAACUCAAUUUUCCAAUAUACAUUUGAUUUUGUUGUUGGUUUUUUGUUUUUUUUUUUUAAACCAUUUGGCUUUUUUACCUUGUUUCUCCUUACUGAAGUCCUCUUGCUUUCGCUUUGGCAAAUAUUUGGUUUCAAAAGUCUAUAAUUAUACAAGUACAGCUACCAAUAUCAUUCCAUAAGUUUAGUUUAAUAUAGGUUACCCAAAGUAUCACAUUUUCAGACAGAAGAAUGUGUUUCAGUGUACUCCUUUCUUAGAGUUGAAUGCAAGAAAUGUGAAUUCUGAGGAACCAAGAUAGUAUAUAUUUGACUUUCUGGUAAAGAUCAUGCUGAAUAUAAUCAUUACUGCCCAAUUGGAAAUUUCAAGUUGUUACAAUAUCCCAGACUCCUUGAUAAAAGUUAAGUUGAAGGUUAUGAUAAUCUUAAUGCUAGUCAAUGAAAAAUGAGUUUCAUAGCAUUAACACUAACUGCCCAGGUAUUCAAACUAAUAAAAUUCUGUAUAUUUUCCCUGCAUCCUAACUGUGUCAUUGUGUACUGUUCAAAGUGUUCAUAAAACUCUAGAUUGAUCAAAUGAUAUAAGUCAUUUGGCUCAACUUUUGGAAAUGUUAAGGUGUGUUUGGGUGGAGAAGCCUGCAUGAUUUAACUUUUGUUUUUGGUUUUCCCCUUUUUGCAAAACUAAAUAAAGACAAGUUGUCAAAUAUGAA